AAAACUCACUACCCCGGGGUGUUAACACGUGAGUCACUUGCCGGCAAAACAAAUCUUUCUGAAGCGAGAGUCCAGGUGUGGUUCUCCAACCGGCGAGCAAAGUGGCGACGGCAUCAGCGUUUGCGGCUCUUCCAAUCGUCAAGUCCAUUCGUCUUCCCAUUCUCCAACAUACAGUCGUCUGCAAGCAACGUCAGCCAUAGAAACAUCAGUGCCACGGCCAGAGACGAGCCUGGAUCCACGACCAAAUCAACGUAUGACAUCGCAUCGUUUACAGUGUCGUCUAUGUUACCUACCCUGGCAAACCCCACUCUCCUUCUUCGAACAAGCGUGAAGGAAAGCGUUCAAACCCCACCAUUGCUUACACGAUCACGUUCACCUCCAUCUACUUCACCGUUAUCUCUUAUGUCGCCAUUAUUGGACUCUGCCUCCGCGACAGAAGAGGAAAAGCGAGCCAAACUAAGUUUUUCUAUCAGUGAACAUUCAGCCUUCAAACCUAGAGUUUCGGCAAACCCUCUGGCCAUCAAUCACUGUGUUAUUACCAGUCACGAAGACUCGCUAUGUCACGCGUCUUAUUGUAAAUAA